AUGGAGUUUUUCUCAGGCUACUUUACUGAACCAACCCCAUUUGGGUCAGAUUUCUUGCAACCUGACAUGCCCGAAUCUUCAUUGGUGUCCGAUGGUGGUAGUGCUACUAGAGAUAACCAUUCAGACGAGGAGGUAAUGUUGGCUUCAGAUCAUCCUAAGAAGCGUGCUGGUCGGAAGAAGUUCAAGGAGACUCGCCACCCGGUUUAUAGGGGUAUUAGGAGGAGGAACUCCGGCAAGUGGGUGUGUGAGACAAGAGAACCGAAUAAGAAAUCAAGAAUAUGGCUUGGAACAUUCCCAACUGCAGAAAUGGCAGCGAGAGCUCAUGAUGUGGCGGCGAUAGCACUUAGAGGACGGUCAGCUUGCCUGAACUUUGCUGACUCUGCUUGGAGAUUACCAAUUCCGGCUUCUGUGGAGGCUAAGGACAUUCAACAAGCGGCGGCAGAAGCGGCGGAGCAUUUCGGCCAUCAAAGGCCGACGGGAGUGUGGCAGUCUCCGGUGAUGAUCAUGGUUAUAAUGAGGAAAGCGCGGUGA